UGCUCGGAUUGAGUUUUGCGAAAAGGUAAUAUUGCCAGUAUGAAGGAGGAAGAUGAUAAACGACGGAAGCAGAGAGCGCACAGCCCAGAGCCAGUCACUAUCAAACAGGAGAGGAUAAGUCCCGUCAGGCAACACCGCACCCGGCGAACUCCGAGUCCUAGAAGCAGUGAUGGGGGAUCGCCUCACCGUCACCAGGGGCGCAGGCGUAGCAGAUCACCUUCACGGAAAAACAAACCAUCUUUCAAAAGAAGCAAAUCGCCCAAGAAUAAAAGACACAGAAGCGACAGUAGGAGUCCACCUCCCUUGGGGGUUAAAAUUAAGCAGGAGAAAGUAGAGCACUCUCAAAGGCCAUAUCGGGACAGACCACACAAAGACAGAGGACAGGAGGAUCACAGAAAAAAUAGAAACCGAGAUCAAACAGAUCAGGAUCGAUACAACCGCCCUCGCCCCAGAGACAGAGAGAGAAAUCGAGAGGAACAGAAUUUCAGAGAUCAGAGAGAAGAAAGGGAAUUCUACAAUGAUCAGAGGAGGGAAAGACGUCAGCGAGAUGAUCAAGCUGUGGAGGAACAAAAUGAAGAUGUGAAUAAUUCCACCGAGGAAGGAAGUUCAAACAAAGAAAAGCCCAAUUUUGAACUAUCUGGUGCCUUAUUGGAGGACACAAAUACAUUUAGAGGAGUUGUAAUUAAGUACAGUGAGCCUCAAGAAGCACGUAUUCCAAAGAAGCGAUGGCGUUUAUACCCAUUUAAAAAUGAUGAGGCCCUCCCUGUUAUGUACGUUCAUAGACAAAGUGCCUAUCUACUGGGCAGGCAAAGGCGCAUCGCUGACAUUCCUGUAGACCAUCCAUCUUGCUCCAAGCAACAUGCUGUUCUGCAGUAUCGGAUGGUUGAGUUCACCAGAGCAAACGGCACAAGUGGACGGCGAGUGAGACCUUACAUUAUUGAUCUUGGUUCUGGCAAUGGCACCUACCUAAAUAAUCAGCGCAUUGAACCACAAAGAUAUUAUGAAUUAAAAGAAAAAGAUGUUUUAAAAUUUGGAUUCAGCAGCAGAGAGUACGUCGUCUUACAUGAAACCUCCGACACAUCUGAAGUCGACAAAAAACAAGAUGAGGAUGAGGACGAGGAAGAUGAAGGGACAGACAGUUAGCAAAUAUAUAUAUACGUAUACGUAAUUUUGAUUUUGUUGGAUGUACUUUUAUUUUCAGCAAACAGAAAACGUAUUUACUAAAAUGCAACACCAGUGCUUGCUGUAGUACCAGUUCCUGUUGGAAAUUUUUUCAGUUCUUUAUUAUGAAUGGCAUAGUACAUCUUGUAAAAAAAGAAGCAAAACCAAAAAAAAGUGUACAUAAUCAAGUAUGUCUUACCUUUUUUUCAAAGACUGGAAGGGCACCCACUGUUUGUUUGUGAUUUAAUACAUGUAAUGAAAUUUGCAUGGAACUAGGUUUUUUUUUUUUUUAAAGACAAUGGCUUAACAAAAAGGAAGCCAUGUGAAUCCAAAAACAGUGCAUUUUUAUAAAGGCUGGGUGACAUGUAUAUUUUCUAAAAGACUAAAAACUGUUAAUACAAGUGUUUGCCUUGUAUUAUAAUUCAGCAACAAUGGCAAUUUAAAUGUAUUUUAUGUAUAUUUUUGUUCUUCUAAAUCAAAAAUAUUUCGCUGAUUCCUGUUCAAGUUUCACAAGCUGAAAAUUGUCAAUCAUGAAAACACCAACUCUAGCCUUUUAGUGCUAGAAGUAUCUAAAUUAAAGUUUUUUGUCCCUUA